AUGUCCAAGAACGACAACGGGUCUUCUUCUCCACCUCCGGCAGAGGAAGUCCUGAACGUCAAUGUAGGUGUUCUAGGUCAUGUUGAUUCUGGCAAGACAUCUCUCGUCAAGACAUUAUCUACACUCUUGUCCACAGCUUCUUUGGACAAAUCGAAACAGAGUCGACAACGUGGCAUGACUCUGGAUCUUGGUUUUUCUUGUUUCUUUUUGGACAUGCCUGAUCAUCUUCAGAAAUUGUACCCUGAGAAGAAAAAGCUACAGAUGACACUAGUAGAUUGUCCCGGGCAUGCGUCCUUGAUACGGACCAUUAUUGGUGGUGCGCAGAUUAUUGACAUGGUGUUGUUGGUUGUGGAUGCCUUCAAAGGAUGGCAGGCACAGACUACGGAGUGCCUAGUCUUGGCAGAACUGACGAGUCCACAUUUAGUUGUUGCAUUGAACAAAAUCGACAUGUUUCCUGAGAAUGAAAGAGCCGAGAGAUUAGAAGAAGCCAAAAAGAAGGUCCAAGAACGGCUGAAGCGAUCCAAGUUCCCAAAUGCCGCAAUGAUUGGAGUAUCCGCCUGUAUCGGUGGCGAAAAAGUAGCUGCGGGAGAUGAUGUAGCAUCGAAUCCAACCUACAACAUCAAUACCCUUGUUCAGACACUGAAGGACUCGUUGCCAGCUCCGAAGCGAAUUGUUGGGAAAGGUGCCCCGUUCUACUUUAGCAUUGAUCACUGCUUUCCAAUCAAGGGUAUGGGCACAGUAUUGACAGGAACUGUACUAUCCGGAUCCGUUUCGGUCAAUGACAAUGUAGAGUUCCCCACCUUGGGAUUGGAGCGUAAGGUCAAGUCGAUGCAAAUGUUCAAACGAAAGACCCUGAAGAUUUCUCAGGGUGACCGAGCCGGAAUGUGCGUCUCUUCUUUGGACUCCAAUUUACUCGAGCGAGGAGUCGCAGCAUCCCCUGGAGCUGUCCAGCUACUCAAGGGUGCCAUUGCCUUGGUUCGAAAGAUUCCAUACUAUCAGCAUUCGAUUGGCGACAAGUCCAAGGUACACAUUAGUGUCGGUCACACGACCGUGAUGGCAACUGUCAACUUUUGGGGAGCCAAGGAACUAUAUGAACAACAACAACAGCAGCAGGAGCAAAAGGAAGGAGAAAAGAUUGACGGUCAUACGGCCCUUGGUGGAGAUGCGGACCGAGCAGGUUUGCCCUACUUGAAAUAUGAUUGGGAUCAAGACUUUAUUCAUCAAGAUGGAAUGCUCGAGACCUUGUCAUCACCAUCAUCAUCAGCCACCACUACUACUAGUAAGCAACAAGAACCGCUCUUGCACUGGGCCAUGAUCGACUUCCAGACACCAGUCUAUUGUCCCCUUCAUUCAUUGGUGAUUGGUUCCCGGCUUGACCUGAAUGACCAAAACAGCAACAAGAGUAAGGACCCCAUGAAUGGUAGCGAACCAUCGGCAUCCUCUUGUCGACUGGCCUUUUGCGGCCGACUGAUGGAAAAGGUUGAUCCCACCAAGGACUUUACACGGAUACGAUCGUAUGCUCCCAAGGAACGAGUGGGUGUGAUAUCCAAAUUGGGAGAUCCACACACGCGACAAGAUGAUGGAAAGAUUGUUCGGUAUGAAGUCUUUGGAUCGGAUCUUUUCAAGAAGGAAACAGUCCUCAAGCCAUUUAUUGGAAUGAAAUUAACGACCCCGCAGGGUGACAUUGGAGAACUCAAGUCGGCUUUUGGAACCGCUGGCAAAUUUCGAGUAUACUUUCCUGGUGGGACCGAAGCCCGAGAGGGUGAUGCUCUCGUCAUGCCAUUCCUGCGCUUUGCUCAUGAUCCCGAGAAAAAGAUGCGACAGAAUAUUGUCUUGCCAGCGGCUAGGCCGGGAAGUCGAAUGGAGACCAAGAAGAAGACCAAGGUCAAACCAGAAGCCAUCGGACAUGUGGAAAAAAUAAAGGGAGAUGUUUUGGAAAAUGGCAAACAAACAGUGGCAAUCAUUGUUGGCUUCUUUACGCCCGAAAUCAAUGUUCGAGAAAAGAUUGGUCGCAAGGUUCUCAUUCCAAGUACCAAGGAGGAAGGUUCGAUAUCCGGUUCCUUUGGCAAGGCUGGAAAAUGCAAGGUCACCUUUGAGAAUGGAAUUUCGGCAGCAGCCGAAGGUGCCAAGGCAGAGUUGAUUGCCGUAUGA